GUGGCAUACGAGCAUCCAUCGCUUGAGACAGAGCUGGUAAACCUCACACGGGGAUUCAUUGCUACGUACCUACGUGUCACGCAUAGCCUAUCGUCCUUAUUUUAAUGCUCGGAAAUACAUUGCAUGUAGACGAACCGGUGCUGUUUUAGCCCCUAUUGUUGCAGAGACGCAUGGGCAAGAAGAUGUGGAGCCUUUACAGUCGCGUUGAGACUCAUUGGAGUGAGUAAAGCAGGCUAAGGAGCGCGGGAAUGGCACACAAACGCUCCGAGGAGAAAGAGCGAACGAUGCGCCCUUUCUCUCCAGUAUAAUCCUAUGGAGGACGAAUCCCGACGCGCAUUAUGUAAUGCACAUGCAAGCGGAGGAGAGAAUAAAGAGACAGAGUGUAAAGGGCCAGGUUUACGCUCGUGAUGCUCCUUGUAUGUGCCCACUAGCUGAUGGUACAUCCUUCACUACAGUGGGCCAUGUAAGGGGUUGUGGUGCUGAGUGAGAGGCAGACUUUGACCGCCAUGGGAAGUGUUGGCAGUGGGGUGGCUGGCGAACAAGAAUUCGCCAUGAAGAGCGUUGGCACACGUACCACCCUCCCUCGUGGGCCACCCCUAUCACGUAGAGGCCCAUCAGAUCGCAGUUUCAGCGCCGAACGUCUCAACCCUCCACCUUCCAUGUCUGAAUGCACAGGUUCCAGUGAUGAAAGGGGGGGUAGCAGCACAACCACAGACCGGCCACAGCUUGCUGGCUGUGAGUCGACCACUGCCUCCUCCAAUCUGGAGAGGGUGCCCUCCAUCUGUGAACGCCUGGAGAGUAAUGCUGCUGGCCGAAGGGUGGCACCACGGCCACUAGCGGACAUGAGUGUAGAUGCUCGAAGGAAUGUGGUUGUGCACACUGGAGAGAAGAGUGGUGACAGCAUGGCUGCUGUGAAAAUCAGAGAGGUGAAUGCUACAAAGGCAAAUGGCCGAACUCCACCCAAGAUUUUGCCCAUGUCUGGAAAGUCAGAACAGAACAAUUCUGGAUUGGUGCGGCCCUCUGCCUUUAAACCUGUAGUGCCAAAGAGCUUUCAUUCCAUGCAGAACCUAGUGGCACAUGCUGGAGGUGGGGCUGGAGGUCAAUGUGCUGGAGGCACAGGAGGGUCUGAUGACCCCCAGCCACUUAGUGAGCGUGAGAGUCCAGAGAGAGAGCAGGGCAGAGAGGAUGGGGGCCAGGGUGUAAUGACUGACUCCGGAAGGAAUUCCUUCACCAGCCUGCCCACAUACACAGUGCCUGGUUCUGGCUAUGCUCCUGCACAGGCUCUUGGACCCUUCAGUGCCUCAACCAGCCAUAUCAACAGAUUAGGCACGGACAAAUUGGACAAGCCCAACUACCAGAAUGGCUUGAGUGCUUCGGACAGUGGCCGCUCAUCCUCAGGGAAGAGCUCAUCAUCCUAUCACAGGCUAUGUCACCUGGCUGAUAUGCCAGCUGCCAUUCACCCCUCUCCCUCAUCAGAUGAUAUAAUACAGGACUUAGAGGACCGACUGUGGGAAAAAGAACAAGAGGUUCUUCACAUGCGUCGCAACCUGGACCAGAGUGAAGCAGCCAUCAUGCAAGUGUUCGAAGAGAAACAACGGGUAUGGGAGCGAGAGAUGGAGGAGUUGAGACAGAACUAUGCUGGAAGGUUGCAGCAGGUGACCCGGCGGGCACAACGUUCACAGCAGGCACUGCAGGCCCAGAUCAGCCGACUACAACAGGACAAGAACCGGCUCCAGGAGGAAAUCAGCACCCUGUUGGCUCAGCGUGAAGAGCUGGAGCGAAAGUGCCUGGACUACCGUAAAGAGCAGGCUGAACUCUUGCCCCGUUUGGAGGAAACCAAAUGGGAGGUUUGUCAGAAGGUGGGUGAGAUAUCUCUACUGAAGCAGCAGUUAAGGGACAGUCAGCAUGAAGUGACUCAGCGAGCAGGAGAGAUGGUAGCACUAAGAGGUCAACUUAAAGAGCUCAAUGCACAGCUGAAGGAGAGAGAGGAGGCCAUGCUCGGCCUAAAGGAUUCCUACAGCAGCAAGAGCCGUGAGCUGGAGAGAUGUGAGGGAGAACUGAAGAAGACGCUGACAGAGGUAUCCAUACUACGAGACAAGCUAGUGGUGUUUGAGGCGGAGGUUUUGGGGCUAAAACGAGCUUUGGGUGAACUGAGCUACACUGGUGAACGUGCAACAGGACUCACCAGCAGCCUGCCUUGGGGUGGCCUGCAUUCACCAUGUACCCCUGAAGUUUUGACACCUCUUUCCCCACUCAGCCCUAUGGUAGAUGCCCUACUGAGCUUGCAGAGCGACGAGGCUAAGGCACAGCGGCAGGAAGCUGGAGAGCUGCGGCAGCAGCUAGAGCGACUGCAGGGCGAGCUGCGGUUGGAACGACAGCAACGUGAGCUCCAAGCACUUGCUUUUGCCCAAGAGCGUCACACCUGGCGGGACGAGAAGGAGCGUGUACUCAAGUACCAGGCACAGUUGCAGCUCAGCUAUGUAGAGACGCUGCAAAGAAACCAAGCUUUAGAGGAGCGUGUUGGCAAGCUUGGGGCUAAGCUGUGUGGAACAUCCAGUACACCUCCACCAGCAAGCCUACCCAUAUCUGUACCAGUUACCGUUACACUCACCCCAGCCCCAGAUGACUCCAAAACCCCUUCCCCAAACCAGCUGGCUCCCCCAUGGGCCGGGACCUCUCGCCUGGAGAGGAUCGAGUCUACUGAGAUUUAGAUAUGCCACUGUAUAAUGACACAAUACAGAGACAAUCGACAUUUGUUCAACAUGCAUUAUUGGAAAUGAUUUGUUUAAAUUGGAGUCAGAAAGUCCCAGAUAUUCAGUAAGGGCAUUGACAGACUACUUUAAGGGAACAAAAAGAUGCAGUAAUAAAUCGGUGUGCUGGAAUGAUAAAAGACCCACUUAGACAAAAAGACAAAGGCUCAUUUACACACACAUGCACACAAACACUUGCACUGACAUCUAACUAUAUAACUGAAGGUAUUGAGGGUAUCAGUGAAUUAGAAAGAAUGAGGAUUUUGAAAAUGUUGGGAGACGUUCUAGAAUUCAGUAUUAAGAGAAUGAACAUUGUUUUAGAUAUCUGGUGUCGAAUAUGAAGAAAGGCAUAGACACACUUCAGUGAUGUUUCAGGGAUACUGGGGAACCUGGUUCUCCAUCACUGCACAAAGACUGCAGUGACUAAAAUGAUUACAAAUGGUCAUCAAAGAGUGUUGGGAUGGUUUCACACUCACAAGCAGAAUUACUUGAAAAAGUAGUUUACCUUUUUUGGUUUUGUUUGGUUUGAGAAAUGGGAAGUCACAAAAACAAAUCAAAAAACAUUUGCUUUAGUACUCUGUGACUUUAUUUGUACACUGGGACUAAGAGAGCAUAUAUGGUUUGUAUAUGGUCAGAUGAACAAGAACAGAAGGAGCGGACAGAAAAAGAUUUGUCCAAAACAGCACAUAACUAUACGAAAUUGUAUGUAAAACACAUACUAUUGCACUAAUUAGUCGACAUACACCACCUUUGCCAUGCUAUUUAGUACAACAGUAUGAUUUGAACUUAUCCAAAGGCUGCAGGUGAAGAAUGUUGCCUUUUCUAAAGGAUCAGCGUUGCUGCUAUGCUCUAUUGUUCGUUCUUGGAAAACAAGCUACAAAUUUGGUUGUUAAUUGUUGUAAUCUAUUUAUCUAUUUAUGUAAACAUGUUCAUACAUCAAGGCACUCUGUGUGAAUAUUUUGAAAAGAUUAUAGUUAUUAUUUAUUCUAAUUGUGAACCAAUGAAGCAAUUUAACAUUGGGUCACUUUUUUAGCCUACCAUUUCUGCUAGGAAACAAGGCAACAGUAUACCCAAGUUCCUUUUAAUGUUGUUGUUGUUGUUAUAAAUGUAAUUAUGGUAUUGUUUAGAGCAAAAUGAUAUGUUUUUAUACCCAUUUUUAUUGUUUGUAUUUAUGUUAGUGUAAUGGCUUGAUGAAAAGCAUACCCAAACAAAAGUUAAAAAUAAAGACAGAAAGUGACAUUGAAAUU